CACAAUUCUACUUGUCCAGCCUACCAAGAGGCCAGAAGGCAGAACAUACGCUGAUUAUGAAUCGGUGAAUGAGUGCAUGGAAGGAGUCUGUAAAAUGUACGAAGAGCAUCUGAAGAGAAUGAAUCCCAACAGUCCGUCCAUUACGUAUGAUAUCAGCCAGUUGUUUGACUUCAUUGAUGACUUGGCAGACCUCAGCUGUCUUGUUUACCGUGCUGAUACUCAGACAUACCAACCGUACAAUAAAGACUGGAUAAAGGAGAAGAUCUACGUCCUCCUCCGCAGGCAGGCCCAGCAAGCGAGCAAAUAACGGGGUCACCCUCACAACAUGGGUUUGGGGGAGGGCUUGGACAACAGGUGUGUACAGAGUGUAGUAGUGAACGUUUUGUAUUAUAGUCAUCCUGUUGCCAUCUUGUUAAACUCUUUAGCCAGGACUGAAUGUAUUGUUAGAGAUACAAGGAUUUUGUUGGGUUUGACUUUUUUUUUCAGUGUAAAUGGAGAAGAAAGUGCAACAUCUUCAGCUGAGUUUUGUUUUUCUUUCCUCUGGUUAGCUAAUGGUCCUACCUUAUUUGAACCCCCUGGGGCUGUUCACAUUGUACUUUGCCACGUUCACUGUAUGUGCCCUUCUGUGGGGUUUCCAACGUUUAGUUAUGUCCUCGAGACGGUCUUAAUGGGGAAUAAAAACCUACCCUUUAGUUAAA